UCAGUGUUUGGGUCUCCUUUGCCCCAAAUGCGCGCGCGGUCCACUCAUCUUGAUUUCGUCACCGCGUUUGUACGGUUUGUAUGACUUGGGUCGACUUGGUGUGGAGCGGGAGUGGGUCGACUCUGAGGCACCACAGCGGAGCGGAAAGCUUCCCAGGCGUGCAGUCGCAGUGUGACAGCGGAUCGGAUUGCCUGUCGUGGUCAAAGAUGGGCAGCGCAAAUGGAUUAAGUGCGGCGAACGGGAAGAGGCACAGGAGCAACGGAUAUCAUGGGAGCAGUGCGAGGAUCGUGGGCAGCUUCACGGAGGAGCCCUUCCUCAAGCCGCGCAUCACAGAACGCAGCCUGGCGAGCGUUCUCUUCCUCAUCACCGUAUUGAUUCUCAUCGUGAAAUUGACCUUCAUGUUAAAGUCGUCUGUUCAGUCUGCACUCCAGUGGCGGCAGCUGGUGAGGAGCAUGUGGACGGAUCCGGUCAGUGGGCGGCAGUUUGUGGCCUUCGCCUGGGCUGAGGGCUUCCGGGGGCAGUUCCUCGUGUGUCCUUUGCUCUGCGGACUGGCAGUCUUCCUCUUCGCGUGGUUCAUCGUCUACUUCGACAGCAGAAUCCCAGGCGUCGAUCCGCCGAUGCCCAGACUCUGGCAGAGAUCCUCCUGGCCACUGGCGUACAAAACGAGUGUCAUCGCCGGUCUGCUGGCAUUCUCAGUCACUCUAAUCAGUCCACAUCUGUGAAAUUCCCACCUGUGAAGCCCAAUCAACUCAAGGAGACUACUUUGCUGUCUCAUCAUCGGGUACAUUUAGAGUCAAUGCAGUAAUGUUUAUCUCUGGUUUAGGAUUAGAAGUAAUUCCAGUUAUUUAUUUUGCUCAUUUCUAAUUUAUUUUUCCCAUCUUAAUGUAAGAUAUUCCCACGGCAUAAUAGAUGUUUUUGAAUGCCUCUAAAAGCAGUGAAAUGAAUUUAUAACACUGCAUGUUGAUUAGAUUGGCGUGAAAAUGGAAUAGAAAGCAUCACUUUGUGCAAUUAAAAUAUCAAAUGAAUCACUUAAACGACCUUAAAUUAAUAAAAGCAUUAUUUUGUGACCAUUUUUUUGGAUUUGGAAUUGAAUAUCUCAGAAGUCAAAAUGCUGUUCGAAGCAAUUUUUGCGUUAUAUAAUCAUAUUGUCAUAAGACAAGCAGAUUGACUUUUCAGCUUCAGCCAAACAAUAGAUUUAUGUACUUCGCCUUAAAGAAUGAUUCACUGUUUUGUGUGCAGAAAUGCAAACAAGCGCCAGAGCUG